GCGUCAAUUUGGAGAGUGCUCUCCGAUGCAACGGCGACCGGAUCGGAUUGGCGUGGGCUCCUAUGGUGGCUGCUCUAAAGUCUGAUGUGGCAAAAGAAGCGCUGGAAGUCCGACGCUAUUCCAUCCCAGCCCCGCUCCACGUGACUACCUUCCACGCCUCGGACUUCCAUUCCGACGAGGUGUCCGCCGCCGCCCUGGAG